AGCGGAGAGGCCGAGCACGCUCUUGUCUCAUGUUGCCCGUGCUAGCUAGCGGACGAACAUGUCCCAUUCACCGCCUUCUAUUCACAACCAGAGCAAGGCCGUUCUUCCGCGUCUAGUAGCCGCGUCGUGUGUUACAGAACCUGCGGUCGUUAGCAAGGACCGCUCCACCGGCGCCUCAGCCAUUGAGGUGCCGGUGGGUGUAGUUACAGUAGGAGCGCUCGGCUAAUGCUAACAGUCGCCUGCUGACGAGGGAAACCCCUCCUCAUAAAACAACCCUCAGCCCCGACCACUGCAGAUGUCGACGUCAGUGUGUCUGAAAACCAUCGGGCUGUUUGAGUCUGCGGCCGCUGUCGCAAGCAGAGCAGCUGUAGUUCAGAGUAACGUUUCACAGAGGAGCUCCAGGAUCGCGUCGUGACUGCAGGUGUCCCGAUGGCGACCGACAUUGUUGCCCAGUUGGCCGACUCUCUGGCCAAGACCGGCGUGGAGGACGGAGAGCUGAGCUACAAAGGCCAGGGGAGAAAGCUGGAUGAUGCCCAGUCUGUGGAGGAGAUCGUGAAGGAGAUCCAGGACUUUGAGGGUUUACAGGCCCUGAGGCUGGAGGGAAACACAGUAGGAGUGGAGGCAGCAAAGGCCAUCGCCAAGGCCCUCGAGACGAAGAGCGAGUUCAAGCGCUGUUAUUGGAGUGACAUGUUCACAGGUCGUCUGCGCUCUGAGAUCCCACCUUCCCUGAAUUCCCUUGGUGACGCUCUGAUGCUGGCAGGUGCCAGGCUGACGGUUUUAGAUCUCAGUGACAACGCCUUUGGGCCGGAUGGGGUGAAGGGCAUCGAAAAUUUGCUCAAAAGCACAGCCUGCUACACACUGCAGGAGCUACGGCUAAAUAACUGUGGCAUGGGCAUCGGAGGGGGGAAGAUCUUGGCUGCUUCAUUGAUCCAGUGUCAUAAAAAGUCCAGUGCAGAUGGAGCCCCACUGAGCCUGAAGGUGUUUGUUGCCGGGAGGAACCGGCUAGAGAACGAUGGAGCUACUGCCCUUGCUCAAGCUUUCCAGUUGAUGGGCAGCCUGGAGGAGGUUCACAUGCCCCAGAAUGGCAUCAAUCACCCUGGCGUGACAGCCCUGGCCACAGCCGUGCAGCACAACCCACAACUCCGCAUCCUCAACCUCAACGACAACACCUUUACUGAGAGGGGGGCUAUCGCCAUGGCUCAGGGCCUAAAACACCUACGCAGCAUCCAGGUGAUAAACUUUGGGGACUGCUUGGUGCGGCCAGAGGGAGCCAUAGCUAUUGCAGAAUCUGUAUCGGAGGGAAUCCCCAUCCUCAAGGAACUCAAUCUGUCAUUUUGCGAGAUCACAGAGGAAGCUGCUCUGGCUGUGGCACAUGCAGUAAAGGACAAGGUCCAGCUGGAAAAACUGGACCUGAACGGUAACUGUCUCGGAAAUGACGGCUGCAAAGCUCUGAAAGACGCCAUGGAAGAAAUGAACAUGGUUGAGCUCUUGGGAUCCCUCAGUGACGACGAUGGCGACCUAGACGACGACGAUGACGACGAGGAUGAAGAUGAAGACGAGGAGAGGGAUGACGAUGACGAGGAAGUGAAUGAGGAGGAAGUGGAGGAAGAGGAGGAGGAGGAGGAAGAAGAGGAAAGCCUUGGCAACAAUUUGUCCACCCCUGUGUCGGCGCCCCGGCCUCCAGACGUUUCUUCCUUCCUCAGCUUUCCGUCCCCCGACAAACUGCUCAAACUGGGGGCCAGGAGAGCGUUGCUGAUCGAGCAGCAGGUGGAUGUAACAGAUGCUGCAAAAACGGCUGAAGCCUUCCUCAAGAUUGCUUCUGUGUACAAGGAUGAGAAUAACGACGUCAAGGAUGCAGUGUUGGACAGUAUUGAUGCCCUACUGAAGAAAGCCUUCUCCACUCCUUCCUUCCAAGGCUACAGCUUUGUGUCAUCUUUGUUGGUGCUGCUCGGACUUCUCAAGAGUGAGGACAAAGUGAAGCCGGUGCUCGUGGUUCCCGGUCACCUCCACACCUUGGAGCACGUCGUCAGACAGGACUACUUCCCCAAAGAGAACGUGGCUGUGCUCGAAGCCUUCCUGUCCCGAAACAACAAGACCCUUGAGUCAUGUGGCAAUGCAAGAAACGGCCUCCAAUCAACACUGCAGAGAGUCCGAUUUUAGAGCUGAGGACUGUGGACACACACACACACACACACACACACACACACACACACACACACACUGAACUUUGACUGAUGGACCCAAAUCUCAAGCAAAUGACGCAGAGCAGCACUCGAGAAGAAGACUCCACUCCCCGGUGUCACAACUGUCCUUCAGCAACACCCUUGUUUCUACGCUCUGGACUGGACUCGAAUGCUUUGCGACUGGAUGUAGACUAUAUAAACGAUACUAGUGGCAUUGAAGUACUGAAGUACACCCAUAACCUCAGGACAGCACUUGGUCUUCAUGCUUUUUUAUUCUCCUGAAUAAGACAAGACCCCCAAUUGCCACAUAACCCUUAGAUCUGUGUGUUGUGUCCUGAUCAGUGACACAUGACUGACUAAAGCACAGAUUCAAUUUGCGGGCAAACGAGAAAAGGAUUGAUCUGGACCGGAAGCAUCAGCCACUGUACAUUUUCCCUUUCAUAUGGACCUUUACAGUUCUGUUUUUUUACAAUAUCAAAUGUUUAUGAAAUUCAAUAGAAGGGUUCAAACAACAUUAUUAUUAAUUGUGUAUUUAGGGUGGUUAAUAUCCAAAUAAGACUGUAAAGUUCAAUAAAACAGUCAGAAGGGAUGUAAUCGGUUUCAAUGUAUUUUCUGCCCUCUUAAUGAGUCACAAGUUGAUGGGUUUUAGGAUUUGUUUAAAAAAUAAAGCUGAUUUUAGUGUUG